AUGCAACGAAGUAUUUUAAAUCAACGUAAACAAGUAUUACUCAAAGCUAUUCAAAAAGCUAUUCGUUAUAAAUCAAAUGCUGUUUCAAAUCAAGUAUGGCCAUGGAUUCUUCAAGAAAUUCGUCCAACAUUGAAUGAAUUAGGUAUAUCAACACCAGAAGAUUUAGGUUAUGAUAAACCUGAAUUGACUUUAAAAUCAAUUGAUGAUAUGUAG